GGGCCAGGGCAGCCUAGGCAGGAAGGGUAUAAAGCCAGUAGGAUUCCAGUUUCACUACAACAGGAGACAGCAGGUAGGAGAAGACGCCACAGACGGAACAGACCAUAUACUACUGUAGUGUACCUUUACAAGAAGCCAUGGUGAAGUGUGUAGCCGUAAUUCUGUCAGGGUGUGGAGUCUAUGAUGGGACUGAGAUCCACGAGGCGUCAGCUGUACUGGUCCACCUCAGCAGGGCCGGAGCUAAGGUCCAGAUGUUUGCCCCCAACGAGGACCAAAUGCAUGUAGUGAACCACUGUGAGGGGAAACCCACGGCUGAGAAACGCAACGUCCUGGAGGAGAGUGCUCGAAUCGCCCGCGGCGAUGUGUCUGACCUUGCCAAGCUAGAGAUCACCGCCUUCGACGCCCUCGUUAUCCCAGGUGGUUUUGGCGUGGCUAAAAAUCUGUCUGACUGGGCUGUGAAGGGGAAGGAGUUCACGGUUCAACCCCAAGUAGAGAAGCUGAUUAAGGGGUUCCACGCUGCAGGCAAGCCCCUGGCUAUGUGCUGCAUCUCCCCUGUCCUAGCUGCUAAGGCCCUGCCGGGGUGUGAGAUCACUGUGGGACAGGACAAGGAGUGUGAGAGAUGGCCCCAUGCCCAGACGGCAACUUCCAUGAAGGAGCUGGGCUGUAAACACGUGAAUAAGAAAGUGGGGGAGGUCCACAUCGAUGUGAAGAACAAGCUGGUCACCUCCUCCGCCUUCAUGUGUAACGCUCCCAUACAUGAGGUGUUUGACGGGGUGGGCGUCAUGGUUACAGAACUGCUCAAACUGGCCUAGGACACGUCUGAGAUUCAGAAUACUGAUUAGCUGAGCUUCUCAAAAGGCACCCUGUUCCCUUUAUAGUGCUGAUGUGACCUUCCCAAAAGGCACCCUGUUCCCUUUAUAGUGCUGAUGUGAUCUUCUCAAAAGACACCCUGUUCCCUUUAUAGUGCUGAUGUGACCUUCCCAAAAGACGGGAAUAGGGAGCUAUUUGGGAAGUGACCUCACGAUCAUGUUUGUUGUUGUUGUUGUUUGUUUACCUGGAGACCCUCCUGAUGGGAAUGUAAUGGACACACAGAAGAAGCAGAAGAAGAUAGUGUUUCUGUUGCUUCAUCUGUCUGACUGUGGGAUGACUUGUGUUUUUAUCAACCUCGUAAUAAAAGUAAAACCAAAUUCUGGAAUGAA